GUGAGGGUCAUCUGAAAGCAUUUGAUAACGCUUCACAUGAGGGCUGCUCACACACACUCUCUAAACUCAUACAGGAGCAGGAGUCUCUUCCUGCUCACAUUUACUUCAGAAACCAGCUCAUAAUAAUAAAGAUCUGAAGCACAAUGACAUCUCAAGUCUCAAAGACUGUCCUGCGACUGGAGGCUGAAGACGUCCAGGCAUUGAAAGAUGGAAUUAAUUUUAAGAAGAACAAAGAGGAUGGAAAAUGUUACAUCAUUUACAAAAGCGAAGACAAAAUACGAGCGUGUGUGAACCAGUGCAAACACCAGGGAGGACUUUUCAUUAAAGACAUUGAGGACUUGGACGGCAGGACAGUGCGCUGCACCAAACACUACUGGAAACUUAACGUGGCCACUAUGGAGUACGUCAACCCUCCAGACAGCUUCAUGCAAGAUGAACUCGAGGCAGUGCUGUCAGAUACUGACGGUAGUUUAGAGCUGGUGGAGUUGAAUCCUCCAGAUCCCUGGACCGCAGAGCCCAGAGAAGCACAAGAGCUACAUGACGGAGAAAUUACGUUGACAUACCUCACGCACGCAUGUAUGGAGCUGAAAGCGGGGAACAAGCGGAUGAUGUUUGACCCGUGGCUCACGGGACCAGCGUUUGCGAGGGGCUGGUGGCUCCUUCACGAACCUCCGUCUGACGCCAUGGACAGACUCAGUCAGGCCGAUCUCAUUUACAUCAGCCAUAUGCAUUCAGAUCACCUGAGCUACCCAACGUUGAAACAUCUUUCAAAGAGGCGUCCAGAUAUUCCCAUUUAUGUUGGAGACACCUCACGGCCGGUGUUUUGGUAUCUUGAGAAAAGUGGAGUGAAUUUAACAAACAUUAACGUGGUGCCGUUCGGCGUGUGGCAGAAUGUUGAUGAGCAUCUGCGAUUUAUGAUUCUGAUGGAUGGAGUUCAUCCUGAAAUGGACACCUGCUUGAUCGUGGAGUAUAAAGGUCACAUGAUCCUGAAUACGGUGGACUGCACCAGACCAAACAAUGGACGUCUUCCUCACGGCGUUGAUUUGAUGAUGAGCGACUUCGCCGGCGGCGCCUCCGGCUUCCCCAUGGCCUUCCACGACGGCAAAUACACCGAAAGCUGGAAGGCAGAUUUCAUCAAGACUGAGAGGAAGAAGCUGCUACACUAUAAGACGCAGCUGGUGAAAUCACUCCAGCCCAAGAUCUACUGCCCGUUUGCUGGAUAUUUUACCGAAGCUCAUCCCUCUGACAGGUACAUAAAGGAGACAAACAUCAAGAACAGCGCAGCAGAUCUGAACAAAUCGAUAAGGAGGAGCUGUCCCAACAUCCUAACCUGGACUCCUCUACCCGGUUCAGUCCUGGAUUUGGCCCUGGCGCUAAAAAACCCAUCCAAUGGGAGUGCCAUCACUGAACCGCCCAACGACACAAAGAUCUUAAAGGACAGCUGGGACUUUGACUUGUAUUUGGAUGAACUGAAUGCUUCUGUUUCAGCUGAAAUCUUUAAAUACAAAAGCUGGAUCCAGUACUAUUAUAACUGGGCAGGAUUUAAAGGCUACAAUCUGGUCAUUCGGGUCAUUGAGACGGAUGAUGACUUUAAACCUUUGAAAGGAGGUUAUGAGUAUCUGGUGGACUUUCUGGAUCUUUCUUUCCCAGACGUGCGUCCGGAGAGAGAUCACGCGUACGAGGAGAUCAAGAACCGAGUUAAUGUGAUGAGACACGUGGUUUUGAACGGCGGGCUGUGGGACGACCUGUACAUCGGCUUCAAUAACAGAAUGAGUCGAGAUCCCGAUGUUUACCACCACAAGUUUUGGAAUCACUUUCAGACAGAGCUGCCUCUGUCAGCGCCAGACUGGGACUGUUUCCUUCAGAUUGCUCGUGAAACGGACGUGCCAAUCGAGACCAGUAACGGCUGCGCUCUGCCUUAACACACACACACGCACACAAAUAUCACGGCUGUUUUCUGGGACACAACACUAUUUGCAUGGUUUUGAGAGUCUAAGGGGUUUGAAUCUGGUGCUGCUCUUCUGCUUUAAUAAUUUAUUAACAAAGAAAAACACUACAUGAACUCUGUGAGCACAGCUAAAGGUUAUAAAUCAUGAUUAUGAAUGUGUCACAACACGUGCGAUGAAAGGCCAGACACAAAGCACAGAACUCAAACAACUUAUAAAAGGUGGCUAAUGAUACACAGACAGGUGACGGUGAUUAACUAAUAAUGACACAAUGAGGACAGGAACAGGAACAACCAUAUAUGGGCACAUGAGGGAAAAACCAAUUCAAAUAGUCCAGGGAUGUGAUAGAACCUUUCUCUGGAAUAAUUGAUUCUGUGUUUUUUUUAUAAUGAGGCUAAACAGUAUGAUUGUUUGUUUUCCCUGCAAUCUGAUUUUCUGUAGUUAAUUUCUUAUUUAUGAAAUGUGUUUGGGAUUAAUAUAAUUAUUUAUUUAUUUAUUUGAUUGUUGGUAUUUGGGAGUCAUUAAACAGUGGAAUGAAAUACUGAUCACUUUAUAAUCAACUACUUGAAUCAUAAAAAAAUUGUGUAAAAUUGUUUUUGCAAAUAAAUGCUUUUACAAAUGGUGUACUUUUCAAUCAAAAUAAAAUAUCAAGAGAGUCACAAGUCUGGGACCACAUUAAAAAUCUGUUGUUUAAAAAAUAAAUAAGAAAAAGAUUUCAGAGUUGUACUCAUAUUUUCACUCAAAUUUAUUAUAAUAUGAUUUGUAAUGGGAAAAAACUCAUUUUCGUUGACAAAAAGGAUUUUCACAUUUAGUUUUAGAUUUUCAACUCCACUGGACAAUAAAAUCGUAUAUAAAUGUACUACAACAGAAUUUAUUUAAUAGCUGAAAAGAUGAAAUACUCGUGUAGAAAAAACAGCCUUUAAUUGACUGGGCUAAAUCAUUAAAACAAUUAAACAAUUGUUUAAAUGAUUUGGCCCAGUCAAUUAAAGGCUUUUUUUCUACACGAGUGCCUUGGAGUAUUUAAUCUUUUCUGCUGAUAUUCACCUCCAAAUAUCCAGUGCAGCAUUCUUGGCCUUUGUUGUCUUGUUAAUAGAAUAUUUAUCAAAAUAAAUGAAGGGUACAACAGGGCUAAAGGUGGCCCAGGGAAAAAAGGUGCCUUUGAUAUUAUUUUCCUCUAAACCACUAGAUGGCAGAAAAAGCAGAGUAACACUUUCCAAAACAUUUGCUUUUCAGGACACACGUGCAAAUUUGUCUGAUCCUUGACGUGAUCGCGGGCAGCAGCACAACUUUAAUCUCGUCAUUUUGACUUUAUUCUAAAAAUACUGGCAAAAAUGCUCACUCACUCAUUUAAGUUGUAAUUAAUUUAAUUUAAUCUAAUUCUCCAGGUCUUUCUGUCGGCAGAUUCAUCCACAAUGUCCUUGGUGUUUAAUUUAAGGCUUCGUGUAUUCUCAGUGAAAGAAUGGCUACUUUUGAUAGUCUUUCGAUAAAAGAAAAUUCAAAUGAAAGAAUUAAAACAGUUUAAAACAUUAAAACACUGCAGGUUUUGCGCUGAAGUUAGAAUUGAUACAGUUGUGAUACAGUCUUUUCAACUAGCUAUCAACCUCACUGUUUUUUUUUUAAAUUAAUUAUUAUUUUACUUGGCCGUGCAGCAUUUGCACAUAGUUUUAAAAAAAUGCCACAGUUCUACGGCAGCAAUAUAACAAAUGCACACACACAAACACACAAACACACACACAUAUACAUAUAUAUAUAUAUAUAUAUAUAUAUAUAUAUAUAUGUAUAUGUGUAUAGACCAUUUCGUCAGAUGUAAACAUACUGGUCCCGAUACAUUUCCUGUUUCUUUUUUUUUUAACUUUACACAAACAUCACAAAAAAAUACAACCAACAUAACAUUUGACUGGAUGAAAAUGUUACAUUAGCACCUUUAAGAUGUAUUUGUAUGUGAAAAAAAAACAAAAAAAACCCAAAGAAACAGGAAGUGCUUCUGGACCAGUGUUGUUUACAUCUAGCGAAAUGGUCUAUAUAUGUAUAUAUAUAUAUAUAUUGUAAUCACGCUAUGCCUCUGACCCUCUCAGUACUUUGAUGUCAAGCAGAACACACCUAAAAAUUUAAUUGACAUUUUACCUGCCCUUAGGGGGGGCCCUAGGCGACUGCCUGUACCGCCUGUUGGACGGGCCGGCACUGGUACACUGUAAAAAACAAUUUGUUGAAUCAACUUAAAAUAAUUUGUAACCUGGCUGCCUUAAAAUUUUAAGUUCAGUCAACUCCAAAAAAGUUUAUUCAACUUGAAAUGUUAAAUUAUACUAAGUGACAACUUAGAUAUUUGAGUUGAAUCAACUUAAAAUUUUAAGGCAGCUGAGUUACUUACCCAUCUGUUAAGUUUAGCAAACACAAAUAUAUAAGUUGUUACUAAGUACAACUUAACAUUUCAGGUUGAAUAAACUUAUUUUAGCUGACUGAACUUAAAAUUUUAAGGCAGCAGGGUAACAAAUUAUUUUAAGCUGACUCAACAAAUUGUGUUUUUUAUUUUUUACAGUGUAGUUAGAGAACGAUGUAUGAAAUUCUACUUAUUGUGAACAUACAAGAACUAGUGAAGAACCUGAGGGCACGAAACCGUUCAGUUAAAAGUGCUGUAAACGUGACAAGGGAAGUUUGAAAGGUUGAAGCGAGGCCAAAGUGCCCUUUUGGGGAUGUGACACAAUGAAAAAAGAAGUAAAACUACAUUAGAUUUCUUAUUUUGAAGCUGGUAAAAGAUCUGAAAGGGAAAAGGAGGUUUAGAAAAGAGACUAAAUAAAAAAAGGGACCAAGAGAAGACCAACAAGAGGAAACAGUGAUGACAUUUAUAGUAGGCAUGAUAAAGGCUCCAGUAGAAAGAAUUCAGAUUAUUGUUAAAGCAGCAAUACAUCUGCUAAAAAUAGGAUAAACUCAGUGUCAACAGACAGCAUGUGUGGGUUUUAUUCAUUUUAGUAAUGCUACUCCUUCAAUGGAAUGCAAGGGGUCUGAUUGCAAAUGGGCAAGAAAAUAAAUUUUAAAAUAAUAAUAACAGCAGCGUUAGUAUCCACUCCGAAAAGUCAAGCUAAUAUAAAGAGAAAAGGAGUACCAUGGUGGGAUGAUGAGUGUAAAAUAGCAAUCAAAAACUGAAAAUAUAGCAGCUAUUUUUUGGUAAAUACAGGUAAUGUGCCAUAGAAAUACGAUUUUUUACACGUUUAUGACUGUUAUAGUGCCGCCUGUGCUCCGAUCUCCUUAAAACUUUGCAUGCUUGUUUAGGAUCACCGUCGCAUGCGCUCGCCAGGUUUCGUGAAGUUUUGAGUUUUAUUUAGGCUUUAUAGGCUUUUGGGUAUAAAUGGACAGGCACCAUUUCUAAAAGACCCCAUAAUAGCUUCCCAAGGGGUAAAUUUCAAUUGUUUUUGAUAACUAUUGACCUAGAGAGUCCAGAGAAUUGCACUGCAGUGCUUUUUUUUCCAGACUGAGUGAAAAACCUAGGACUAGUUCGGAUUUUUUACAUUUAACAAACGGUUUGAUUGACAGCAGCUGUUCUAGACGCAAAGUUGUUUGAAAUGAGUGCUAUCGUAUAAUACGAAUGAUCGUGCAUGUGUGUGAAAAAACACACAAUAUAAAAUAGUUUACGUCCUUGAAAAAUGCAUUAUCGCCCUCCAGUGGCUGAUUUCUUUCAAAUUUCUUACAGACCUUUAGGGUUCACCUUGUUUAUUAGACCAAGACCAAGCCAUUUUCAUGUUGAUAGGACAAACGGUUGCAUAGUUAUGCAUAUUUUUGGUUUUUCCCUCUUAUAGCGCCACCAAGUGGCCAACAUCUGCACCUUUUUGUUAUUUUUCCUUAGAUUCAGCUCUUACAUACGUGUUGUGAGUUUGGCAGAGAUAUCCUAUUCCGUUCAAAAGUUAUAGCCGUUUUAGUAAAGGCGUCCCUGCCCCUUUUGAACGCUUUAGUGUCCCUUUGAGGAGGGUCGAAAGUUCAUUUUUUUGAUAAUUAUUGAUAUUCACUCUCCAGAAAAUCUUCCUGCACUGAUUUGGUAUUUUGUACUUUUGAUCGCAGUAGCGCCCCCGUCAGGACGAUUGGCACAAGCCUUGGUGAUGUUGUAGGUGGUGUGAGUACUACCAUCCCUCCAAGUUUCAAGUCUCUACAACCUACGGUUUAGGAGUUCCGAGAGAUUUUGUACUUUUGAUCGCUGUAGCGCCCCCGUCAGGACGAUUGGCAUGAGCAUUGGUGACGUUGUUGUUGGUGUGUGAGUACUACCAUCCCUCAAAGUUUCAGGUCUCUACAACCUAUGGUUUAGGAGUUAUGAGAGAUUCUGUACUUUUGAUCGCUGUAGUGUAUGCAAUAUUGACAACAUACGCAAGAGUGAAGAAAAAACGUAGUGAGAUUCAACUGAUUUGGACUCGUGCUCAUAUAGGCAUAAUGAGAGGGUGAAGAAAUGAGCUAAACAGGAUGACAUUUGUAUGCCGUUUAAAACAAGGCUGGUGUUGUAAGGUGUUGGGGUGUCACCAGAGACGCGUUAUACAGAGUAUAAAAUUUCAGGCGAAAAACAAUCCAUAAACAAUGUAUAAAUAAUGUUUGUGCAAACGUUUUAAGAACAUUAUAGAUAACUCUGAAUGAACAUUCCAUUAAUGUUACAGUUCAUACCUUUAAAGGGGUCAUCGGAUGCCCAUUUUCCACAAGUUGAUAUGAUUCUUUAGGGUCUUAAUGAAAUGUACUUUGGUUAAAAAAAAAUUCUCAAUGGUAGUGUAAAACAACACCCUUUUUACGUGCCAAAAUCAGCUCUGCAAAAAUCAUCCCAUUCUGGUCGAGGCUGCUUUAAAUGCAAAUGAGCUUUGCUCGCCCCGCCCCCUCUCUUCUCUCUGUGGAGCGACGAGCCUGUUUACUUUAGCCGCAUUUAGCCGCUAAACUUGCUAACUAGCACAUUAUUAGUAAAGACGAUCACAAAGAUUCAUAAAAAAACCCUUAUACUCACUUCUGCUGUAAGUGAAGCUGGAUCAUGAAUGAUUCGUGCGAACAUAGACGCACUGAUGUAGAUCGGGAGGCGCAUUCCCUUCACAAACAAACAUAAUCCACUGCAUCUUCAGCGGCUCAGAUGUCGGGAGUAAAUGACGACCGCUAUGUUCAUUAUUACAUCCAGCAACACAACACCUCAAUCGCUCAAUCAGAGAUAUUCAUGUCUAACUUACAUCACUGCUCCGGCAUUGAAACAAAGAGGUCUGACUGUUACAACUGAUCUGAGCUAAGACGCUCAUGUCAAUCAACUAUGGUGAGAGUGGCCUCUGUGGGUGUGACGGCACAACGACAGGCAUUUGAGAAUGGCUCGAUUUGAAAAAGGGGAUAUUAUUUUUACAGAUUAAUUAAAAACCACUCCAUGUAUUUUUAUCAUUAUAGGGUAGAUUUGUACAUACACUGCCAACACACAUUAAUGUUCAAACAACAUGUAAAAGUGAACUUAGCAUCCAAUGACCCCUUUAAGAAUGUUCCUUGUUUAAAUGAUUAUUCUACUUUUUUUGUGAUUGUUGUUUUUAUUAUUGUUUUUGUGAUUAUUCUACUUCCUUUUACGUAAAGCACUUUGUGUAUGAAAUGUGCUAUAUAAACAAACUUGCCUUUCCUGGCCUUGCCUUGUUAGCUUGGUAACAUUAGAAGGAAAUGUUUCUGCAAUCUCCAAAAUAAACACACUCAUACAGAUGGA